UCUAAAAGUACUUAGUGCCCGAAACCCGCUUCCCUGCUGAGCUCUAAUUUUGAACCGGUACUUCAGCUCCAGAGUUACUUUACUCCUCUCGAUGCUUCGCGCGACAACGACUUCUUCUCCUAUUCAUACGAGCAACCACAACGGCAUCUGAGAUGGCAACAACUACUUCGACAGCGAUACAUACGGCUGGUGGCGAUGGGGAAAUGCGUGAGAGGAGGGAGAAGGUGACGGAUAGAAGCAAUGGCAGUAGCAAUGACAGUGGCAAUGGUAAUACCAACGGCAAUGGAUUGCUCCGUCCGGAUCUCAAGAGGAACUCGAGCGACUCCUCAAUACUGUCUAGUGGAACAGCGACACCGCUCCCUGAAGACGCACCGCCGUCGCUGGUCUCGAUCAGCCAUGCCCGACACAUCCGAAGAAAACGGAUCUUCCCCACGGUCACGUACGAAAGCCGCGUGUCGCACUUCGACUCUCAGUCGCAGCACCACGACUUCCGAGGAUUCUUCACGCUGUUCUGGAUCGGGCUGUUCAUAAUGGUGCUCACUACUGCCCUGCGGAACCUGAAGGAUACCGGGAAGGUGCUGCGCACAAGCAUCUUCUCGCUGUUUGUCAAUACACCGAUGGAGCUCGGCGCGGCAGAGCUGUUGAUGGCGUUGAGUGUGGCGUUCUGUCUGCCGCUGCAGAAAGCCGUCAUGAGGGGUACGGUGAGCUGGGGGGUUUGGGGGUCGUAUCUACAACAUGUGCUUCAGGCCAUCUGGUUGGCUGUUUGGGUGUAUACGCCGUUCUUUCUGCAAUGGCAAUGGACACACCAAGUAUUUUUCACACUGCACGCUCUCACGCUGCUGAUGAAGAUCCACUCCUACUCCUUCUACUGCGGUCACCUCUCAGAAUGCUUCAAGAAGCUGCGCGCAAUGGACUCCUCGCCAGUCGAGACCGAGUCCGAGAAAACCGCGGAGCUGCGGGAUGCACUCGCUUUCGAGCUUACCAGUCCGUCGGGGAGAGUCACGUACCCGGAGAACCUGACACUGCACAACUUUGUGGAUUUCAUGCUAUGUCCUACGCUGUGCUACGAGUUGUCUUAUCCCAGGACUGAAGGUAUUCGCUGGGGCAAAGUCGCCGAAAAGGCCGCCGCCAUCUUUGGAUGCAUAUUUCUUCUGACUGUCGUCAGCGAGGAGUUUAUCCUCCCUGUGAUGAAUGAAGCAUCUGCGCACCUUGAGAAUGCGCGGACGGCCUUCGAGACGGUUGUUAUCCUUAUGGAGAGCAUUAGCAUGCUUCUCUUCCCGUUCAUGGUGACCUUCCUCCUUGUUUUCCUCGUAAUCUUCGAAUACGUUCUCGGCGCCUUUGCGGAAAUCACCUGUUUCGCCGACCGCCACUUUUAUUCCGACUGGUGGAACAGCACGGACUGGCUCGAGUUUUCGCGCGAAUGGAACAUUCCCGUGCACCGUUUCCUGCAACGCCACGUCUACGGUGUCAGCCGUGCGCACAUGUCGCGUCCCCUCGCCAUGUUCGUCACAUUCCUCAUUUCCGCGCUCGCCCAUGAACUGGUGAUGUUCUGCAUCACCCAGAAGCUCCGUGGUUACGGCUUUGCCUGCCAGAUGCUGCAGCUGCCCAUCAUUGCCGUGCAGAGAACGCCGUGGCUCAAGAAGAGGCGCACCUUCAAUAAUAUUAUGUUCUGGUGCUCGAUGAUUUAUGGGUUGGCUAUGAUCAGUGCAUUAUAUGUACUCCUCUGAAGCCCCGCCUGCCUUUCCUUCUUCUCAACUUUCCUUGACAUUUGUACCAUCAUAUAGCUAGCAUAUAUUGAGCCCCCCCUGUAGCAUUAGAUUUACCCUUUUGGUUUUUGGUUUGGUUCUUUGGUUCUUUUUUUUGGCGUGGGCGUGGAGCCCGGAC